AUGUCUUAUUUUUCAAAUUCAGGUAAUUCACCAAGAAGUAAAAAUAAUAGCCCUACAACAACUACAACGACCACUACUACCACCACAACAGAUACUAUUCCAGACUCACCAACAAUAGAGUCUCAAUCAUCAUCAUCAUCAUCAACAGUGGAUACAACUCAAAACAGUAAUAAUAUAAAUAAACCAGCACAAACCCCACCUCCACCACAAAAUUCAGCAUUUGAAUGUAACAUAUGUUUUGACGAAGUAUCCGAACCAGUUGUAACUCAGUGUGGCCAUUUGUUUUGUUGGUCAUGUAUUUUCCAAUGGCUCCAACGUAAUGCAAACCAACAAUGUCCAGUUUGUAAAAGUCCAGUUUCAGAAAGUAAGGUUAUUCCUAUUUAUGGUCGUGGUGGAUCAAAUGAGGAUCCAAGAAAGAAAACAACAAAUAUACCACAAAGACCCCCAGGUAGACCAGAGCAACCAAGACAAAGAAAUAGAGAUAAUAGUGGAUUUAAUGAUUUCUUUUCUCCAUUUGGUAUGAGCAGUGGAGUUGGACAGGGUGGCGGAGGAGGUACUUCAUUUUCAGCAGGAUUUGGAUUAUUCCCUGGGUUAUUUGGUGUGCAUUUUUAUAGCAACGGUAAUAAUGGCAAUGUAAAUAAUAGCGGAACAAAUAGUAAUAAUAAUGGGAAUAACCAGAGAAAUAAUUUAUCAAACGAAGACUCAAUAUUUAUUUCAAGAUUAAUGUUUGCGCUUGGUCUUUUAUUAUUAUUUUUUAUAUUAUUUAGUUAGAAAAAAGGAUAUGUCAAAAAAAAAAAAUACAAGAUAAAAAAAAAAACAAAAAAAAAAAAGAAAAAAUUAAUACAUUUUCUUUUUAUCAAUAAAGAACGAUUAGAAACCAAUAGAAUUUUUUUUAGAAUAC